UUUGCGAAAAGAGUUUGUCAAAAAAGUUUUGUUCGCCACUUGUAAAAACAUUCUGGCUAUCUAUUAAAAUGUGAUUACAAUAAAAUUGAUUUAAAAUUGCAACUCCGAAAUACACUUUCAAUUGAUUUGUGCUUUUUGAGCUUGAGCUUUCAAGAAUCGGUAAUUCGUCUACAAUAGUUCACGCUUCAGUUGCUUAUAAUUCAGACGACUAUUGAGACUUCAUAUUGAGAUCAUCAUCCUCUUCUUGUCUUCAGCACUUGAGAGGAAUGGCGAUGGUUCUGGGACACCCUGUGUGUGUGUACGUGUACUGCUCAUACUUUCGUGCAAGGUACAGUUAGUCACACACGCGUGCAACUUUAUAUCGAUGGCGUCACCGCGGCCGCCGAUUGGGGCCAAGCGAACUGAACUCAUUGUCAGCGAUGUCGUUGGUUCGCCCCUUCGCCACGCGGCAGCGAAUUAAUAAUUGUUAUUUUUUGCCCUCGACCGUCGUCAGCAACGGGCUAGUUAGUAGGAAGUGUCUCAUCGAACGCGAUUUGUCGAGAUGACGUGUGUCGCUUCUAAUUGAUUUUAAGCGACAUUAAAUUAAAUUCAGCUGUCAAAUGAUUAUAUUUCUGUGAUCUGAUGAAGCAGUGUGAACACAUUUCUCCAAAAGUGUCGGAUAUAACCAUUAUCACCAAUUCUGAAUAAUUAUGUAGUUAUAAAUAAGUGUAUGUAUAAACUGUGCUUAUAUUUUAUCGAAAUCGCAGCAUUACUGAAAAUUAGCAAAUAUUUGUCAAUUUGGCAAUUCGCCAAAAUUUGUCAAUCAAUAAAAUUUAUUAAUACUAAUUUUCUCUGGGCAACUUCUGAAUUGUAUGUUAUGAAUUGUAUGUUUAAAUUUUUUUAUUUAAAGAAUUAUUACUCGAUAAGGCAUAUUCAAAAAUAUGAGGAUUAUUAAUUUAACAUUAACAUUUGAGGAUCAUUAGUUUAACAUUGACAUCCAUUUAUAUCCAUUAAUAUCUAUUACUUCUGUUUAUCAUUUAAUAUUACUUCAAUAUUGAAUUAUUAUGAAUAUAUUAGUGGUAAUUGCCAUUCAAUGACCAGAUGUUGUGGAAUUAGUGUUUUUUAAUUAGUGAUUCUGCUGGAAUGCAACUUUGAGAUGUCAAUCGUGUGUUUCACUUUAAUGCACUCCAGUAAUCAAGAGGGCUAGGUUUAGGUCGUCGUAGAAAAACGAUCCUCUCGUUGUCUGAGCGAAAAGUUAAGCAAGCGCGAGUUUAUCUGAGAGUGGGUCUCCGUUGCGCGUAGCACAAAUUUCGUCCUGAUGGCGCUCAUUCCGGCACUCUGCUUCCGGUUAACGAUCCGACCGCGCUGCUGGUACCGUGCCAGGAAAAGCGAAAUAAAUGUCUCAGUAAUUUCGAAAUCUUCCACCGACCUUACUGUGCGAUCUAUAUAAUUCACCUGAAGAGAUAAAGAUCAUUCAAAAACAAUGAUGUGAUUAUCGGUGUGAAUGUAUCAUUGUCAACGUCUGCAAAAAAUCGCGAUUUAUCGAUUGUUUCGUCGUGCAAAUAUGCAUUCGUUUUUAUCAGUAAAAACAAUACAAAUUUUCGAUUAACGAUUUCACAAGAUUUCACAUCGAUAUUUUAUUUCAAUUUUGUGACGCGGAGAUAGGAAACAGCAUUUAAUAAAUCUUUUUAUUUUUAUCUGUGCAUGAUUAUCUGAGUAAUAAAUUGAGCAUUUUAUAUUCUCUCUAUUCGCUGUUUUUUUUUAAUUAUAUCUAUUUGUAUGAAGACUUUGAAUAAACAUUAUGUGUUAACACAAAUUUAUGAACAAAUAAUAUUUCUAUAAAUUGGUUAUUUAAUAAUCAUUGAUAAUGAUACUAAUUACUUAAUAAUAAUUGAUAAUAAUACUAAUCAACUUAGUAUUCUAAAUUACUAUUCUAAAAAUUGUUUCUCUGAUAAAAAUAGCAACCUUGUCGAAACAUUAUUUCUUUAUUAUAUUUCUUUAUUGUAGGAUCAAUAAUAAAUCACUAAAAUUCCUUACACAAACAAGUGUUAUUGAUUAAUUAUCCUGAUGUUCAGAUUUAUUUGAUCAGUGUGCAAAUAAAAGAGAAUAAAGAGGGAAUAAUACCUUAUUUCCGGAAUGUAUUAGCGAAACCGUUGCAGAACCGUUAAUCAUAUUCCUAUCAUACAACUCAGAUAAUGAGAAAUCUGUGAAAGCUACUUGAAAAAUUUAUCGUAUCUUGAACACUCAAAAUUGGAGCUAAUACUCAUAUUUUUUUUCAAUGUCAAUUUCAAUGGCAAUUAAUAAGGAAAAUUUCCUUGUUCUAAUCAUGUACUUUUCUCGAUAUUUCCGAUCAUAAUUUACAAAUAAUAUAAAAUAGAAUUAGAUUAGAUUAAAACAGAAUGAAAUUAUAAUACAUCUGCAUUAAGUUAAAUCGAAAUUCAAUGAAAUUAGACAAAGAUCAAUCCGCGGUUUGCUCUCAAUCGCUUCACACUAGCUUCACAGCCGCGUUUUUUUCACAGAGGACUGUCAGUAUGUGUGUCAGUAUCACACCGGCUACUUCCGUCUUUUGGAAUAUGUGUAUCUUAAAUAUGUGCGCGAAUUUUUUCUGUGUGUGCUUCCACAUACCGUGCGCCCGAGUGCGAAUCACAGACACUAUCACUCCCAUUUACGCACGUGCGUACGUGGCGCACCUGUGGGCGCAUUCAAGAUACACAUGUAUACUUACAUAUACAUACGUGCACGCAUAUACAAUCACAUACUUACAUCCAUUUCCUGCUCGUAAAGGCGAAGUCGUGCGUGGGCACAGAAGUCGUCCCCCUAUCCUGCCACACACACGGAUUCUCCACUCGCACUCGCUAGUGUCAGUCAGUCAGUCAGUCAGUCAGUCAGCUCGAGCACGCGCGACCGGUUCGUAACUUGGCUCUUGAUACACGCGCACGGAUCGCGCCGAUUAAUAUCGGGCGUCGAGAGAGAGCGGUGUAAUCUCUCGGCAAGCUUGGAUUUCCACAUACGAUACAGCGAUAUGCGAAAGUAACGCGAUCCCGGAAUAGUUCGCUCGCAAUCGAGCAAUUAGCGCAAAGUGUGCUUUUCCGUUAGUUGCAACUGUGAUAAUGGAAUGUACCAAAAUGUCGAAACUCGUUGAGAAUUCAUGACUUCAAGUAUUCAGUUUCUAAGUGCAGAUCUUGAGAGAGUGACUUGCGAACGCGGUGUCGUCGUGAAUUCGACGCGAGAAUUCCAAGUCCCUUUGGGGAAGUCUCCGACUAGUGUCCCAGUUGCGAAAUAAACGAUAACGUCGAUUGAAGCGGUUCCAACUUGGCGCAACAGUGCCAAAUAAAGUACGAAAGACAGUGCGAAAGUUGUACCGAUUUAGAAUGUGAAAGAUACGAUACGCUCCGUUGGUAGAAAUUCGGAAAUCGAUCAGAUAUCUUUCUCGGACCGCAACGAGUCUUUGACACAAGUAUUUUGAGCAAAAAGAUACUCGAAGAUUGAUAGUCCAUGAUCUAGACCUACCACUAUGAUAGGCAUACGACAGUGAUCGUGUCAUUUGUGCGGCUAAUGAUCGAGUGAUAAAUCGAGUGAUUCACCGAUUAAUAUCGACAUUCGACACGUAUGGACGUCUUUCAUUUGCGAGGAUUACAACACUCGUUCUCCACUCGAGCAUCUACGUAGGAUCGCGCGUUUUCUCGCGUCAUCUCGUACGAGAUCUAGGAAGUGCGUCGUUCAGUGUGACAUUUCGCUCGCGCGAAUCCGCGCGUGGGUUCAACGCACUCGCGCAACUGCGCUCGUUCGCGCUUCGUAACACGCGCACGAAUGCAUUGCGCUCAAGGUGGGACGAUUGUGGACGAGAUCACGGAAGCAGCAGGCUACCGUUGUUCACCGAUGUAUAAUUUUGAGUUCCUCAAGACUGUGUGGACAAAGAUAGGGCGGAUGUGCGGCUACAUCACUUGCGCCAAAUCCUACCUCUCAGGGGUGCUGGAGAUGGCGGCCACCGAGAGCACGAUCCGAUUUAGCGGCCACACGUUGGACAAGGCGACCAAGGCCAAGGUAACGCUGGAGAACUACUACAGCAAUCUGAUAGCGCAGCACAUCGAGCGGAAGCAGAGGUUGGCCAAGCUCGAGGAGUCUCUCAAGGAUGAAGGUCUCUCGGAGCAGCAGAAGCAGGAGAAGAGGAUGCAGCAUGCACAGAAAGAGACCGAGUUCCUGCGGCUCAAACGGUCCAGGCUCGGCGUCGAGGAUUUCGAGCCUCUCAAGGUCAUCGGCCGGGGUGCUUUUGGUGAGGUGAGACUCGUGCAAAAGAAGGACACGGGACACGUAUAUGCGAUGAAAAUCCUCCGGAAGGCGGACAUGCUUGAGAAGGAACAGGUCGCACACGUCAGAGCAGAGAGGGACGUCCUCGUGGAAGCGGACCAUCAGUGGGUCGUAAAGAUGUACUACAGUUUCCAGGAUCCUAUAAAUCUCUAUCUAAUAAUGGAGUUUCUUCCUGGCGGUGACAUGAUGACGCUGCUCAUGAAGAAGGACACGCUUUCCGAGGAGUGCACGCAAUUUUAUAUUUCUGAAACGGCGUUAGCGAUCGACUCCAUACAUAAAUUAGGUUUUAUUCAUAGAGACAUCAAGCCAGACAACCUGUUGCUCGAUGCACGGGGCCACAUAAAACUCUCUGACUUUGGGCUGUGCACGGGUUUGAAGAAAUCGCACAGAACUGAUUUCUACCGAGACCUGAGUCAAGCGAAACCUUCCGAUUUCAUGACAUCAUGCGGGAGUGGAAGCGGCGGCGCGAUGGACAGUAAAAGAAGAGCCGAGAGCUGGAAGAGGAACAGGAGAGCAUUGGCUUACAGUACAGUAGGCACUCCAGAUUACAUCGCACCGGAAGUGUUCCUGCAAACAGGUUACGGACCGGCUUGUGACUGUUGGUCUCUGGGCGUUAUUAUGUACGAGAUGCUUAUAGGAUAUCCACCGUUCUGCAGCGAGAAUCCGCAGGAGACGUAUAGAAAAGUAAUGAACUGGCGGGAGACGCUGGUAUUCCCGCCGGAAGUUCCCAUUAGCGAAGAGGCUAAAGAUACCAUUAUCAGAUUUUGCUGCGAAGCCGACAGAAGAUUAGGUGCGCAAAGGGGCAUCGAGGAACUCAAGCUGGCGCCUUUCUUCCGCGGUGUCGAUUGGGAGCACAUCAGGGAAAGGCCAGCUGCCAUUCCGGUCGAGGUGCGAUCCAUUGACGACACGUCCAACUUCGACGAGUUUCCAGACGUGAAGCUGGAGAUACCGUCCGCGCCGAUGCCACAGGACGGCGAGGUAAUAUACAAGGACUGGGUAUUCAUCAAUUACACCUUUAAGCGCUUCGAAGGUCUGACGCAACGGGGCACACCGACCAAAAAAUAGCAACCCCUCAUCUCCAGCUCGGUCACCAGCGCCGCCGGCAAUCAGCAGCCUACCGACGUGAUCGAAAUUCCGGCCUUGGUACAUCAUCCACAUCCGCCGCCGUCGACGAUAACGGCGUCGCGCACGGCGGACGGCUGACCUGUCUCGCUCGUGGGCGAAUCAUUUCUAAUCGGACACGAGUCGUUCUUAUUUGUAUAUACGUGACGUGAACGUGGAGUGGUGGUCGUGAAUGAAUGCGGCGUUGUCGCACGAGUAUCUCGGCGACGUCGCAAGCGGCGACGAGCUCGGUCAGUCAAACGGACGGACAGGCAGGUGGACACGGAGAAGUGUAGUGAUAAAGAUGCACAAUACAGAAUCGCACGGCCCGAUGCGGCGCGUGUCGAUGGCGGCGCAGCGCGUGACAAGGCGACGGCGAAUCAAGUCUUUCGUUCGUGCGACUCGCGGUGAUCCUCGUGUCCCCGAAUAAUGCCAAGGAGCAUUAUUCCCUCACCUUUGUCGUGCCGCGGAGGAGGCCUUUUUGUGCGAAGCGUAGCAUAAUGAGCUCUCUGUGGUAAUGGUAUUAAACGGAAGCGAUCGAAGGGAGUCUCGGUCCCGUGGUCGUCGUUCAACUCGCGCACUUUCUUAUUUGUCUAUCGCAGCACGCGUCGAAACGGGAUUUAAUCGGGGGAGAUAUAUUUUUCCACAUUGCGUGUUGCCCGGCCGAACUCUCGAAUCAAGCUCUCUCUCUCUCUUUCUUUCAUCGUGUUCGAACGUUAUAUUUAUGAUUAACUCUGUGAUAUACGAAGUUGUUGAAAAUUUCUGCUGAUCUUUGCGUAGUUUUGUCUGUUAGUAGAUGGCGUAAACUUGAUCGGUGUUGUGUAUAUGUGAGAGAUUGAUUGUAUUUCGAAGAUUUGUCUGAAAAAUUUAGAGGUUGUUGUGAUGAACAUUGUGAUCGAGUUAUAUAAUAGUACGUACUCUUUUUCUCGCGCUACUUUUGAGAGUUCCGGCCUGCACGCGUUGAAGGACCCACGGAAAAUACGACGCACGCCAAGUUUUUCAUCUAAAAUCCUGAUGUUUUACAUAUUUUAUCAUAUAUAACGUUACGUAAUGGUAUGUUCGUCGGUACCGGGCCUCUCUUCUCCUAUCUCUCUUUUUCUUGUAAGGCAAUAAUAAACAUUUAGCUGUGUCUGAGUACACGGUAAAAGAACACUAGGCUUUAAAAGAUAUCGUAAAAAAGAAAAACGAGGCGUAAGAAGGGAGAAAGGAAGAAUACAUUUGUGUAAGAUUUAGGGCUCCUUCGUUGCCUUAUUAAGGUUCCUAACAGAUAGCCCAACAAACCCGUACGUUUACGCGAAAAAGAUGAGCCAGACAAGUCACUUCUCCGAUGGAUACGGCAGUGUGUGUUCGCGACGAUGCGUAGAAAAUCGUGUACCACACAGAUCUGUACGUUUUAACACUCUGUGGAACCGGACACCUUUCCUUUCGGUCGCACUGUAAACAAUCUUACGAUUUUACGAUUUCGUAGUUUUGCUGACAACCAGGGCACCUUGGUAAUAAAAUAAGCGUAAUAACGAUAAAGACUAGGUAACAUUUUAAGGGGUAACAUUACACACACAUACAUAAACGCAAAGAGGUACCUAUACAUAAAAGAAGAUGCACGCGCGCGUGAGUACGCGCGCGCCCGAAACGUAAUAAUUGCGUUGUGGAUAAUAUAGUACAUGUAUAAAAAGGAAACUCUCGACGCUCCUUCCUCGUAACGUUCCGGCGUGUCUCUACUUAAUGAUCGCGCAAUCACGUCGUGUUGUACAUUCGACGAAGAGAUUAGUUUCGUACGAAUAUUCCGCCUGCGUAUUGUAUCUGAAUCGCCGUUCACAGAGUAACGUCUCCAAAUAGUCUAACGAAGCAGAGAUCGCCUAGGUAUUACCAGUUAAGCCAGAGUUUAGACGACAAGACAAAACGAAAGAAAUAAGAAAAUUAUCCGCGAAGAAAGCUCUAGUGGGGGAGGGGAAAAAAGAAGAAAGGUAAGAACUAUUUUCUGCAUUAUACUAGGAAUUAUAAAUCGACGACGAGUAUGACGCGAGCGGGGAAAGUUACGGAGUUUUGCGGAAUACCAUUUAUAGUCUCACCUUGUCGCGCUGUUUGAGUACAGAUGCUCUCACGUCCAUGCUACUAAGUAAAGGAAAAAAAAAGAAACGAAAUGAUCGCAAUUUAUUUAUUUAAAGAGAAAGUCUAAAUAAAUGAUACAACAAUAGCCACGAGAUGCCUUCGACGCAACAAGUUUCGGUGCCCUGGAACAGUGCAUAUAUAUAUAUGUAUAUAUGUAAAAAAGUAUAUAUAUAUACAUAUAUACAUAGACACCUUUUAGUAAACGGAGAGGAGUGUAAUACGCGCUAAAUUUAGGUGUUAAAUUAGAUGUGCUGAAAUUCGAAGUCAGAUGGGUGUAGAUUUUUUUCUCUUUUUUUUCUCGAAGAAGACGAGAGAAUGACGGGCGUUUAUUAUAAUGUAGCGGGUGGUGACGAGAUGUAUGCACGCACGCACCGAGCUACCACGCAUUUGAUGUGAACGUAUCUCUGAGGGGACACGCGAGAGAGAGAAAUCUCCAGGUAGAUUUAACGGUACUGAUUGUCGGUGUACACUGUAAAUAUUAACGAGGCAACUAAAUGUUAUCAAGCGCAAGGCAGUUUGAGCUCCGGUGUCUAAUUGGUUACCGCUAUACUGCCAUCCCCGACUUUAUAUCAUUAUUGUAUAUCGCGCAUGAAAUCGUAUUACGGGUGUGUUAAGCGUACGGUAUGUCGUCCAAUCUCACGUUCUUUUUUUUUGCUCGUUUUUACACUAGUGUUCUCAUCAUUGUACGAAUACUGAUUAGUUGUUAAUUUUUACGGUUAAUUUAACUGAACGAAAAAACCGCGAUAGAUCUCUCCUAGCUAAUUCUUAUGAAUUUAGUUGUUAAGUCACUCUCUUUCCCUGGCGAAGAGUCUUGUCUUUCUUUUCGUUUUUUUCCUUUUCUUCUUCCUUUUAUUUUUUUUCUAUUCUUUUUCUUUCCUUUUUCUUUCCUUUUCUCUUUCGUCGGGUAACAAUCGCGUUCCCAGACCUGAUUUACGGUGAUUGUACAUCCGGAGCUUUCGCUUCCAACAUCCGCGUCUUUUCUAUCUCUUUCGCGUCUCAUAGCUGUCGUCUUUUCAAGUCCGAUCAUAUAAUGCCUUUCUGUCGCGAUACGUAGUAUCCUCGAUCAUGUAAUAUCAUGUAUACACGAUUAAUCACACGCGCACGUACGGUCGCAUAUCGAUCACACAUGGCAAGGCGGAACAACCAUUUCUUUGUAUUUUAAUAUCGCGGAGUCGUUCUUCCGAAUAUUUAACCAGCGCACUUUAAUCCUGGAUGAGUAACGUGUACAAAUAUUGAAAACCCUGGCUGAAAUCUUGUUAUGAUUUUCCAACAGUUGUAGGAUUAUCUUACAAAUAUUUCUGUUAUUAAGUGACGCAAAAUGUUUUUAUCGAAAAGAUUAAUUCUUUUCUAAAUGAAUAAUCAAUGUUAAACAUCGACGAAUAUAGAAGAAACAACGUUUGCGCGUAGAAUAAAAAUAAUACGAAGCCAUUUGUGUUCAAAUAUUAAUUAAAAUUGAAUUAAAGUUUUAUUAUUUUAUCGUAAAGUGUUGUUUUAUCAUUUUUCUAGCAAUAUUUGGAGAAUUAUUUAAGUUUUGGUUGGCUUAAACUUUUAGAAAAUAUUUUCGGAAGAAAUAUGCUACAUUUAACGAAUACUUUGGAAUGAAUUAAUUAAAAACAAAUUUAUGAUAAUAAAAGAGUUGCAAAAACAGCAAAACCAACAAUGUAUUUUAAAUUAAGUAUACCUCAUUUCACGGGCAGUCCAAGUAGACAAACAGUAAAAAGCAAUAGGCGCUAUUCGUUAUCGUUCUGCUUAAAUUACGUCUCUCGAGCGAUAAUUCGGUUACUUUACGCGUAGAGUGUGCGUGGCGUCCAACACUGCAAAACCCCGUAGAAGAUUAGAUCCGAUGACACGAAAGCCGCUCCUCGGAUGAGCUGUUUAUCGUGGAGUCUGUUGCAUCCUGCGUAUUACUCAUCCAGGGUCAGAAGAGAGAUAGUAUCGUUCGCGAUGACGAUCCCUCGAUCGCCUUGUGCGCGAAAGAACGAUUUGCGCAAAGUGCUCUUCUGAACAGACAUUUUGUAAUACUUAUCAUUUUACGACGCAAGACCUAAGACUACAGGCUGAGACGUAACGAGGCUGCAGAAUGAGAUGCCUUUUGAUGCAUUGAAAAGAUGCAUAAUAUCUUCUGAUACGAAGGAGCCUUUUCCUAAAGAAGAAAAUUCGAAGAAAUACAUAACUCGUAUCGAGUUUUUCACUUUGAUACCAGAUAUUAAGCAGUUGUUAUACCAUUGAGAUGUAACUAUAGCAUUUAGAAAUCUAUCAAUCACACACUGAUGAAAUUUCAAACAGUUUUGCUAUAAAUAUAAUGUACAAAUCGAUGUCUCGUGCAAUCCCCAAGAAAUGAAGAUAUUCGUUAGACAAUUUUGCGAUGUUCCUCCAAGCAUCAGUCCUUUGUCUGGAAUUCUCUUCUUCCGCUUGUUGUUGGUCCUUUACAUCUUGUUCUCACCUCUUGUUCUACGUCUCAGCCUAGCUUCAUUAACGCGCAAACCAUUGGAUCGCGUACAAAGCACGUAGAUCAUCCCGAUGUGGCAUUACCGAAUCGGAUCGGCAUUAAUCGAAGUAAUGCCGACUUGUAUCGUCAACGCAGUGGAAGCAGACACGUGCGUACGACUGACGUGAAGCAAACGAAUUUCUGUCGGGGAUACGAUCGAGUGUGUUGUCUGUCACUGUAACCGCAACUAAUGUUCCGUAGCAACGCGGCUUAAACCACUUCGUUCUCACCGUUCGUUCGUUUUUGUACAGUGAUUUAGCUGAAUUUUAUAAACCGGACUUAGGAUAGCGUUAUUAGGUAGAAAUUCUUCGCGGUUAAUCCCGUUCAAGCGUAGCGAUAGCAAACUCUUAGGCACGGCCAGUCUCGCGCGUCGUUAGUCUGCGGUGACUAGAAAACAUCGUCAUGGUACAAGCGAGUGCAAUGAUGCUGCGACGCUUAUUUUGCUCCUAAACGGGCGGUUUUAAUGGAAACGAUAAAAAAAAGAAAACGCGUGUGCGUCGAAUUUGGUUGUCAGGGUUGAAAAUGUUUUGGGGAGGCCACGUAUAUGCGUAUUGGAGAACAAUUUAAUUUAUAAAAUAAUUAUUUAAUUUAUGAGAAAUUUUUAAACGCUGCUUAUUCUUGUAAUGUAAGAGGCGAGUAACGAUCAAGGCUGUUAGACGUUCUUUAAUAAAAGCGAGAAAAAUAUGUGCGUAGAUUAAUAGUAUCAAUUAAUUAAUUACUUAAUAGUUAUGUUUUAAUUUGGAGAAUUGCUUUAACUUAUUACGCUGCGGAUUAUUCUUAAGAUACCGAAUAUGCUAUUAUCUUUUCUAUAGAGAAAGCUUUUAGGACCCUCUUUCCCAGUUUUGCGACAUAACGGAGACGCAUUAUUGCAUUCGAUUGUGCGGGGACAUAUUUCAUCGAGUAAAUUUAUAAUACAGCACAGCGUCCGGCCGUUCCGUUGCAUGUGGCUUGCCGUGUAAGAUUCGCGCUUAUUUAAGAACGACUACACGCAAAUCCUCGCGGUUGUUCUCGAAGACGGAAGGGGCAGACCAGAAUGAACCACGCAAGCGGAUGCACGACGGGCAAGGUAUAUCAAGCGCGGAUAUUUUAUAGUAGGCUUGUGAUCCAAUCGAGGAAUUAUUGUCGAACGAUCCGAGAUGAAAAAAGAAACGAUGUAUAAAGAGAAAUAUUGCUUUCCACACGCAGAAUAUACUAUUGUAAUUAUGUCGUUAAUAAAUUGUUUUUUAUUUUAA